UAGCUUCGUAUGUGUGACUGUAGCAUCGUAAAUAACCUUUUGCACUUAUCUUGAAGUGUGCAUAAAUUUUUAAAAAGAUAAGUGUAUUCGUUUUCUUAUCGUUAGUUCUCAUCGCCUUUGUUCGUAUAUUUUAUAUUUUUUAUGUAGUUUUAUUAUUAUUGUUGUCAACAUGAAGAUUUUAUUUUUGUCAUUCGCUUUUUUGUGUUGUACAGUUCAGGCUUUGACUCCUGCUCCCGUUACGCACAGUUCCAGCAGCUACGAGCCGUCUAAGCGUUAUUUGCGUACUUCCAACAAGGAGAACGAGGUGAAGAAGGAGGUUCCCACUGAGCCUGAGGGUUUGACGUGGAACGGUGUUUGCACGUGGUUCAAUGACGUGGUCUACGGUGAGAACGGUCUUGCAUCGUGGUUUAGCACCAGCUGGUGGUAUGGCGAAGAGAAGGAGGAGGGUGAGGAAUCUGAUGAGGGUGAAGGCAAGUCCAGUCCUGCUAAGGUAGUUGCUUCAUCUAGCACAUCCGCUGCUUCUAAGAAGACCAAGAAGUCUGACGAUUCUGAAUCUGAGGAGAGUGAUUCUGAGGAUGGCCUCAACGAUUUCCAGAAGGCAGCUACUGAUGCCAUUAACAACCUUACUAAGGGAUUGCCAUCCUUUAAGGUUGGUUCAUUGGACUCUGAGAACUUGAGCAACUACGUUGCCGACGUGUACAAAUCUGCCAACGACUACUGCGCAUGGGUUUCUGAGCGUGCCAGUUCCGUCAUUAACGACUCGAUGAAGAGCGAUUCAUUGACCAAGAUUGGUGGUAAGAAGUAAUUGGUUAGUUGAUCCUAGAUAAAGGAACUCUUGUUGUUGGCUAUUUGGGUUUUUAUGCGUUUACGUUCUCUUUCGGGUUGUAUAAUCACGUUAUUGUUAUUUACGCCGUUAUGCGUAUCAUGGUGCUCGUAAAGGGUCUACGUUAAUGCGCUACCGCUAGAUUUUUUCUGUACAUAGCCACACCACAUUGGAAGGUAUCGUUUCGUCU